GGAGACGCCAUUAGAGGGAGGCGGAGAGGGAGGGCUCUUCGUCUUUCCUCUGGUGCCUGACGUGGUGGCUGGAGCCCUUCAUUCUCGGACUUUCCCUUGGCCUCUCCAGGCCUUGCUGGGAGGAAGGAGUGGAGACGGCGCCCGGGACGGCGGGCCCGGUGCGGAGCGGGCUGAGCCAGCCGCGGCUGUGAAGGCGCUUGCUGCGGUGUGGGGAGCUCGGUGCGGUUCUUCGGCCCCGGCGGUCGGGAAGCGACGGGAUGGCUGCGGCCGGCGGUGGCGGGGCGGCGGCGGGCAGAGCCUACUCGUUCAAGGUGGUGCUGCUGGGGGAAGGCUGCGUAGGGAAGACGUCGCUGGUGCUGCGCUACUGCGAGAACAAGUUCAACGACAAGCACAUCACCACCCUGCAGGCAUCAUUCUUAACAAAGAAGUUAAAUAUUGGUGGGAAAAGAGUAAACCUUGCCAUAUGGGAUACAGCAGGUCAAGAGAGAUUCCAUGCAUUGGGUCCGAUUUACUACAGAGAUUCAAAUGGAGCUAUUUUAGUUUAUGAUAUAACAGAUGAAGAUUCUUUUCAGAAGGUAAAAAACUGGGUCAAAGAAUUACGGAAAAUGUUGGGAAAUGAAAUCUGUUUAUGUAUAGUUGGUAAUAAAAUAGACUUGGAAAAGGAGAGACAUGUUUCCAUUCAAGAAGCAGAAUCGUAUGCAGAAUCUGUGGGAGCAAAACAUUAUCAUACUUCAGCCAAACAGAACAAAGGAAUUGAGGAACUCUUUCUUGACCUUUGUAAAAGGAUGAUAGAAACAGCACAAGUGGAUGAGAGGGCAAAAGGCAAUGGCUCUAGUCAACCAGGAGCUGCAAGGCGAGGUGUACAGAUCAUCGAUGAUGAACCUCAAGCCCAGAGCGGUGGUGGAGGGUGCUGUUCUUCUGGAUAACUGUUCACACCUAAGAAAUUAAAAAAACAAAACAAAACUGUGGAUCAUUGCCCUCAACAUGAAGACUGCCAUAUUCUGAGUCACAUUAUUUUACCAAUGGAGUUAUAGAAUUAACAGUAUUUUAAAUUACGUUUAUAACACUGCAGAGACCUUAAGUGCUAAUCUUAGUGGAGUUUGUGACCAGAGAAUUGGCAUUUUCUACAAAUGUUAACAAAGCAAUUACCAAUGGCCUUUUUACAUAUUUUUUUCUUUAAUGAGGAAUAAUAUGCAUGUAGAAAAGACCUACAUAAAGGCUUCAUUUAUAUUCUUUUAAAUCAAAUCUUUAUUUAAUAACUUAUAUAUGUUGUUGGAAUGGAAUACAUUUUUGCAGCCCUUUGUAUUUUGUGGUAGUUUGAAUUGUAUCACUUCUAAAUAGCAAAAUGUUUUUGUUUUUGUUUUUUUUUAAUUAGAUACCUGAAGUACUAUUUUUGCAGGGUUUGCACAGGCCCCUAACUGUCUACUACUUUGAUAUAAUCUAUAUACAUCCUGUAUGCUGAGCUGGUAAAAUACAUUGUAAAUUACACAUUAAAUAUUUUAUCUGCUUUUAUAAGCGCAAGGUGCAAAAAAUAUAUGCAGUAGUCUCAUGGAUGACUGUAAAGUGAAUUAACAUUUGAUGAUAAUGCCUAAGCUUUUUGACUCUGAUAUAAAGAUCAUGGCUCCCCUUCACUUUUGUCUUAAUUUGAAAGCGGUGUGUUUAAAUUUUCACAUAUAUUUUA